AUGGCAACCCAGAUUGAUAAAGAGGCUUGCAGAGAGGCUUACAAUCAAGUCAGAGACGACAACACGGACACUAACUGGGCCGUGUUUAAGUAUGAAGGCUCCAGGAUCUUGCCAGCUGACCAAGGAAGUGACUAUGGGGAGUUCAAAAAGAUGUGCACAGAUGACGCCCGACUGUUUUGCUUCCUGCGUAUUAUGACCGGAGACGCAAUGAGCAAACGAGCCAAGUUCAUCCUCAUCACUUGGAUCGGCGAGAGUAUUGGUGGGUUGCAGCGUGCCAAGAUCAGCACAGACAAGGCACUGGUCAAAGAAGUUGUGCAGAACUUUGCCAAGGAGUUCAUGAUCAGCGAUCCAAAAGAACUGAAUGAGGACUACCUUCGCGAAGAGAUAAAGAAGGCAGGGGGCGCCAACUAUGAUGCCCAGACUGAGUAG